UACGCGCUGGUCGAGCAGAGGAGUUUGUACACGAGUGUUUGUUGAUAUAAAAGCAAACACUGGUUUAAGAGCAGUUCUAAAUCGAGAUAACUGCGAGAAAGCUUAAGCGCUUACUAAAAUAUUCAGCUGACAUCAUGAGCUGCCCAAAAAUAGUGAGCCCAUCCCUUGCCAUUGCUGUUGCUCUUGGUUGUUUUGCUUUGUGUCUUGCUCCUUGUUGUCUGGCCGCCGCUGCGAUAGAUACCGAAGGGCUGACACAAGAACUGUUGGUGCCGUUCAAUGAUUUAUUACCACCACUCUCUGAUGCUGAGUUCCAGGAAGCCCAAACAACAUCAACAACAUCAACGACAACAACAACAUCAACAACAACAACAACAUUGGCACCACCGGUCACUGAGGCACCAGUUAGCAAAGCGAUUACAGCAAGAGCACCAACAAAGGUGACAACGCCGAAACCAACGAAAUCAGCCACAGCACAAAAACUUAAAAAGACGCAAUAUCAAUUGGAUCAGCAGUCGCAAAAGCAGCCACUAGCAGUGCCAAUAUUAGAUUUGAACCCCGAGGUGCCGCCCGCUUUGCCAGAAGCCGAGGCGCCCGUGACGUCGCAGGUCACAGAAGCACCGGUAACUCCGAAAGCAGUAGCAGUGCCAACAACAACUACAACGCGAGCUCCAAUUACAACAACGAAAGCGCCUGCUAAGGUGUUGGAGCACAAACAAGCCGCGUCCACGCAGUACUUUCAACAAGUGCGAACGACGCAAACACAAUUUCAAGGGUUGGAACAACACCGGCGGCCACAACAACAACAAUACAAGUCACAACCACAACAGCAACAGUUCGCCAAGCAAGCGCCACGGCAACCAACAGCUCAACACCGGUUCCAGCCACAAGUUGCUGCCGCCAUAGCAAAAGUGGCACCGUCACCGCAACGCAGCGCGCCAGCAGCAACGCAAGUCAACGUCGAACACCUGAGGCAAUACCUCGAAUACAUUUACCACCCGACGACGCGUCGUCCGUCGCGCGGACCGCUGCCCACGCUGACGCCAUUCCCGCGGCAUUUCAAGUAAAGUGACGGCUUCCGGUGAAUGGGUGCCCCGCGCUUGUGCUACCUUCACCCGCCUCACUUUAAGAAGACUUAAUUUAUUCACGCAACUCCCCUAGAGCGUCUCAACUCAUGCACAUCAGUGAUUAACUAGUUUUACGAAAAUUAAUAUGAAUAAAAUAACGAUAACAUAACGAAGUGAA